GUGCUGCGACAGAUAGAGCAGAAGGACAAUGAAGAGGUUAACCACACCUUGGAGAGCGGACAUCUCUUCAGUAGCCUCUUGACCAACUUUGUUGCGCAUUAAAGAUGCGCCCGACAGAAGAGCUGGAUGAUGAACUUUUUGCGUUCUUCAUGACAGACACUUUCCAAUAAGCUUUUAUUUUAUUUUAUUAUUUUUUUUUUAUCCAGGCGCACAGUCAGAAAACAAGAACCUCAUAUGUAUUUCAGAAAUAAUCCAACUGUGUGUCGGCUGGGGACGUCAUCUUAAACUUAGUCUGGGGAUUUUCCUUCAGGAUUUGUCCGUUUUCACCAUGACGGUUCGGCUCUCGCGGAUCCAGCUGGCCCUGUUCUUUAUCUUGCUCUGUCCGGUCAACAUCAUCGGACUGUGGUGGGCAGUGGGCAGUCCGCUGGUAAUGGACCCCAACAGUAUUUGCAGAAAGGCCAAGCGUUUGGCGGGGAAGCAGGCGGAGCUGUGCCAAACUCAGCCUGAGAUCGUCAAUGAAGUGGCCAAAGGAGCCCGGCUGGGGGUCCGGGAGUGCCAGUACCAGUUUAGGUAUCGCCGCUGGAACUGCACCAGUCACAACAAGUACUUUGGUAAAAUACUGCAGCAAGAUAUCCGAGAAACAGCAUUUGUUUAUGCCAUCACGGCUGCUGGUGUUACACAUGCCGUGACCCAGGCCUGCAGUAUGGGAGACCUCCUGCAGUGCGGCUGCGAAGCCACCAGGAACAGAGCGCCGCCCAGGCCGCCUUCGUCCUCCUCCGGUGGCGACGGUGUCAAGUGGGAGUGGGGCGGCUGUGGCGACGACGUGGAGUUUGGAUACGAAAAGUCCAAACAGUUUAUGGAUGCGAAGAGGAGAAGGGGCAAAAGCGACAUCAGGACGCUUGUUGACCUGCACAACAACGAGGCCGGACGUCUGGCGGUGAAGCUCUACAUGAGGACAGAGUGCAAGUGCCACGGACUGUCGGGCUCGUGCACAUUGCGCACGUGCUGGAAGAAGAUGCCUCAUUUCCGUGAGGUGGGCGACCGCCUGCUGGAGCGCUUUAACGGCGCUUCGAAGGUCAUGGGCGGGAACGACGGCAAGACCUUGAUCCCCGUCGGCCAGAACAUAAAGCCUCCAGACAAGCAGGAUCUGAUCUACUCAGAUGAGUCACCCGACUUCUGCCUGGCAAAUCGCAAAACAGGCUCACUGGGGACGCGAGGGCGAAUGUGCAACAGCACAGCCAUGGACAUCAGUGGCUGCGAUCUGCUGUGCUGUGAGCGCGGCUAUCGGGAGGAAACUGUGGUGUUUGAGGAGAACUGCUUGUGUCGUUUCCACUGGUGUUGUGUGGUCCAGUGCAAAAAGUGCUUGGUCCGAAAAGAGCUGAGUCUCUGUCACUGAUGAACUGAUGAACUGAGGCCCAGAGUCGUCCAAAGACUGUUCAACUUCUGUAACUUUACGCUUUAGGUCGCCUAGUGUGAAGGAAGGAUAGACUACGGACUUCCACGGUGAUCCUUUUGUUUCAGUUUUUUUGCACCAAGCACAGUCAGACGAUAGAUUUUUCAUUUCUGUUCGCGUUUGAUUCCACUUUUGGUCAUGUGGUUCCUGGAGGUGUUGACAGGAUAUUCCCAGAAAGACAUGAGGUGUUGGCAAAAAAAAAAGGUUAGAGACAUAAAAUAGAGUACAAACACAAGGAAUCAAGGACGAGAAGAAGUAAAAUAGAGAAAUGUUUCUUUUCUGAGCUACCUAUAAUUGUUUCUUGUUUAUGGAAAAGGACCAAAGAAUGUGAAAAUGUGUAUUUUCCAUCUCGCCGAAAAGAGGAACUCAUGCUUAUUUCCCUCUUGCUUUGACCAGAUCCACAACCACUAUCAAAAGUUAAGAACACGCAGAAUGCUUCAGCCGGUUCAGUGCUGAUUUUCCUUUUGUUGUAUAAGCUGGCUAUUGAUUCACAGAGACUGUUGGGAACUGUUUUAGUAUUAGGUAGGGUAAAAUGUUUCUCUGUUUGCAUUGUGCCGUAGGAUCAUAGUCAGAAUCUCAUUGUGGCCCAAUUCCAGUCCUUACAGUACAUACAAAACCUAAAACUCCCCAGAUUUCUGUUUCAAUAUGAGCAAAACCUAAAUCUUAAGGCAAUGUCUACUGCCACAGUACUGUGGCACAAAAUAUGGGUUUGUCUAUUUCCACAGACCAAUCAAAUGUCAGCAUUUG